AGUAAUUUCAACAUAACCUAUUCUAUGGAUAUUUUUGACGUUUCUAGUUGACGUUUCAUUGACGUUGUCAAGUUUUAUAUAGAUAAAAAUCCCUGAAAAAACGAAUGUAAAUGUAAUCUUUAAAUUAUUCGUAUUAUCAUAAUCAAAUUUACCCCUACCGAUGAUUUUAACGUGGAAGAAUACGGCGCGAACUUAAAAAAAAAUCGUUCAGUUAUCGGUGAGCGUAGCUUCUAACCUCAAUUCGCUCAAAACCACUCAAACGUAUCAAUAUCGUUCCUUUUUCUAAGUUGUAAUUAGUUUUACCGGUGAUUUUUAACUUUAAAUGAAAUAGUGAUGAGUGAGUCUUAUUAAGUUAAGUUUAAAUUAUUAAAUUUCAAUUAAAAAGUUAAGUGUAAAAAAAAAAACAUGAAUAAAUACGUGGAUUUGUUAAAGUGGCCGUUACAGGCAUGUUUAUUGACUAUUCUUGCCAUUAACACAGUUUACGCGGAAAUUGAACCGAUGGAAGAAGAAAAUGCGGCUCCUCCUGGUCCGUCUCUUGAAACUGCCACAGGGACAAAUACUCCUGCUGAAAAUACCGGAUUCGUUCAUGGUUUUAUAGCAUCAAUAUCAGUUAUUUUAGUAUCCGAAAUUGGAGAUAAAACUUUCUUUAUAGCUGCUAUUAUGGCUAUGAGACAUCCUAGAUUAACUGUUUUUGCUGGAGCUAUUUUUGCACUUGCAUUAAUGACUUUUCUAUCAGCUCUCUUCGGUUGGUUAAUAAACGUCGUACCUCGAGCGUACACUUUUUACAUUUCAACCGCUUUAUUGGCAAUUUUCGGAUUAAAAAUGUUAAAGGAAGGUUACAAUAUGUCGUCGACGGAGGGGCAAGAAGAGAUGGAAGAGGUUCAACUGGAUUUGCGCAAAAAAGAGGAAGAGUAUGAAAAAGAAAAUUUGGAUCCUGAAGCCGGGGGCGCUAAUAAGCGAACCGCAAAGCAGAGUAUUCUUAGUGCUGUUUCAAGAGUUUUCCUUCAGGCCUUUACGUUGACUUUUUUGGCUGAAUGGGGCGAUCGGUCCCAAUUAACUACCAUUGUGUUAGGAGCAAGAGAAGAUGUUUAUGGAGUAAUUAUCGGUGGUAUCGCGGGUCAUUCGGUGUGUACAGGGGCUGCAGUUUUAGGUGGGCGAAUGAUAGCUCAAAGGAUAUCAGUAAGAACAGUAACAAUAAUUGGUGGAAUUGUGUUUCUAAUAUUUGCAUUUUCAUCGUUGUUCUUCGACCCGGAAGCCGUGUAACUAAAGAAAAUUCGACUCGAUCCCCAUUUUGAUAACGAUUAGAGAUUUGCGAAUAAGAAAUUAGAGAUUAAUUAAAAUUUAAGCAUUAAAUGUCCGAAUAACGUAAACUAAACAACCAUCGUUUUGAGCAAUUUGUAUUGUGUAAGCUAAUGAGUGUCAUUUUUUCGUUUAUAAAGCUUUUUAUAUCAACUUUAAGUAGUUCAUUUACCGUACUUAAGCUAAAAAAUAAAUAAAUUCCUUAAACGAACAAUAAAAGCUCCAUACUUUUUUUUUCUAAUGUAGUCAGAUUUCAAAUUGUAUUUUUCUACAACUUUUUUUUUUGUUUAUAGACCGCUUUGUAUUAUAGUGCCGAUGUACAACUGUGAUACAUUUAAUAAAUCUUUAUUUUAGAAAUGUAUAA